GGGUGCGUCACGUGGGCAGCGCGUCAUGUGACCCGCGGCGCUGCGGGCCGGAGGCCAUGGCCGCCCCCCGCCCUCCCCGGGUGGUGCCGGGCGAAGCCUCCGAGAGCGACUCGGAGCCAGAGCUGCUGGUGGAGACGGGCGGGGAGGCCCCCGCAGCCGGGCUGAAGGUGCCGGGCGAAGCCUCCGAGACGGAAGAGGAGGAGGAGGAGGAGGAGGAGCAGCAGAGGCCGAAGACGCCGCCGGUGCUGGCGGAGGAGCCGGCGGCCGUGUGGGCGGGCGGCCCCUCGCUGCUGCAGCAGCGGCUGCGGGAGGGCUCGGCGCGGCUGCGGGCGGCGGUGGGCAGCGCCCUCCGGCAGAGCUACGGCGGCGCCGCCCGCAGCCUGGGCGGGCUGGAGGGAGCGCUGGGCCGGGCGCAGGUGACCGCGGCUGCGGCCGCGCACUGCCUGCGCCUGGCCCGCCGCGACCUGUGCGCCGUGGCGGACACCAUCGACAUCGUCACGGCGUGUCAGCUCCUGCCCGACAUCCGCGGGCAGCUCUGACCGGCACCGCGUUCGGCAGCCCCGCUGCGGCUGGCACCAGCACUGCUGUCCUCGGCAUCGCCACUUGUAUCUGCCGCGGCAGGGUCGUCAGUGCAGCAUCCUGCUGAGGCUUGAGUUGUGGUGACAUCGAGUCGUGUUUGCAGCACCCCGCACUGACCCUGAAGACCUCCUCACCACGGUGGCAUCGUCACCAGUGUAGCCACAGUGACACCAAACAGUGGUUUUGGCACAGAGACCGCCAGCCUGGUGCCCCAGGACCUGCGUGCUCCCCUGGCCAGCUGCCACCAUCCCUGAACUGCAGCCUGGUGCUGGCUUGUCACCGUUGUCCCCAGAUGCCGCUGUUUUAUGUGACAUGGAACUGAAUAAAGCUGUGGUGGUGUCAGAGC